CCUUUCCCUCCCCUCACUUUCUGGGAAAGGGUUUGCCUGGGAGACUCCCCCAGUAGGGGAUGAUGGGUGUGUUAUACAAGCUGUUGCUUUCUGGCAAUCCCCCAUGGAAAUGCAAAUUUAUGAUGAAAUGGAAGACAGAUGUGGAAGUCCAAAUGGACCUACUGGACUGGGAAAUGGCAUUUCAGGGAUGUGAAAGAGACACCAAGUUUGGCAAUCAUUUGAAACAUAUUCUUCACUGCUGCUGCAUUGGAAUUUAACUUCUUAUCAGGCCCAGAAUUCCUUCUCACGCACCCAAGGGCGUAGGGUCCUAGUGCCGACCACCUAAUUGAGCGAGCGCACGAGCAUGUGCCGGAGCACUGGGGAUUACAUGUACAGCAGUAAAAGAGCUGCGUGACCCCAGUGAUCCUUAGGAUAACCCAGAGUAACACCUGGUCUGAAAUAUGUAAUACUCUUAUUAUGAAUAUGUGCUGCAUUAUGAUGUCAUCAGAUGUUCUUGCAUUGCACACCUGUGAGAUCAUCAUGCAGUCCUUCUGACAGGGAAUUCUGGGAGUUGUCAUUUAUUAACACUUGUAGUUUGCUUGAGUAAGGGUCAUACAGCAGCCAAGAUAUUCACCCUUACUGGGAAAGAAAAGGAAUGUCCUUAUCUGUAUUAUUUCCCUAGUUAGGUGGCGUCUGAUAAAAGAGUAAAAUAGGAAAAAGUCAUCUUUUGCAGUGAAGGAAAGGGAAAGGUUUCCAGCACAUGCAGUUUUCCAUUGAGCCCAAAACAAUGCCCUAAAUACUUGUUUUGAAUAGUUUACAACACAGUCCCGUUUUGUUAGACAUAGGGAGUUGUAUUUAUUAUAUUUAUUUUAUUGGAGUUGCCAUACUGCAUCUCCCAUAAACACUAUUUCCUUUAAAUGUCACUUGUAAACAGAGUAACAGAAAUAGACAAGACCUCAACAACUCAUAAAGAUAUACAAAUCUAUUUGUACAUGUAUUUGCAUGGUCCACCCAUGAUCACAUUAUCAAUUGUGAUGUCAUCACUUUACAUGCAUGGCUUAACCACAAUUACAUCGCCCAUUGUAACCCAUGGCAACAUAGUUGUGAUGUCAUCACUUGAAUGCCAAUAAUUACAUGACUCAUUGUAACCUCUGGCAACACCAUUGUGAUGUCAUCACUUGAAUGAUUGCCAACAAUUGCAUGAUCCAUUGUAACCCCUGGCAACACCAUUGUGAUGUCAUCACUUGAAUGACUGCCAACAAUUACAUGACCCAUUGUAACCUCUGGCAACACCAUUGUGAUGUCAUCACUUGAAUGAUUGGCAACAAUUACAUGACCUAUUGUAACCCCUGGCAAACACCAUUGUGAGGUCAUAAUGAUGAAACCAGGUGCAGCUGUUACAGCUGGUCUGUAGUCAUGGCAACGUCAUUGUGAGGUCAUCACUUGGAUGAAACCAAGUGCAGCUGUUACAGCUGGUCUGUAGUCAUUUUAUGUUUAGUGGUCGAGGAGGAAGGAGCUAUUUCUGAAUCCUCAAACCAUUAUGCUUAAUUUGUAUUUUAUUGUUAUUUUCUUUUUUUUUCUUUUACUAAUUAAGUUUAAUCAAGAUCAAUCUUCAAUGAAAUUUUCAUAUUUAAAAUGUAUUAUUGUCCUGCUAUUAGGCUUCUUUGCAGGAUAUUUAGAAGUGCAAUUUAUAUAUGUAGUUGCAGGAAUACUGGUGUGGAGCUGGUACUGGCACCGAAAGCCUAGUAGCCACCCAUCAGAAAUAAAGCCUCAGGACAAAGCCAAGGAACAGACAAAGGCCCCACACAAAGUCGCAGAUAAAGAAUUUGAGAAAGUCCAGUGCCUGAGUGUGAUUAUGGAGCAUAUGUGGCCUUAUCUGAGCAAGUACUUGGUGAAGUUUCUAAAGCAGAAGAUUCAGCCCAAACUUCGUUCCAAAUCCAGAUAUUUGAGCAAUUUCUGCUUCUUUGACAUUGAUUUUGGUAAGAAGGCUCCACAGGUGACUCAUAUGAGAGUCCAAUCAGAUCCAGAGAAGAAGCAGAUUAUCAUGGAUCUCCAAAUCAAAUACAAUGCACCAGUGAAGUUGGAUGUUGGACUCUCUGAACGUGCAGCUCUAGCCAGAGUGAACAACGUAAAGCUUGAGGGAACAUUCCGAAUCAUUUUUGCCCCACUGAUGGGAAACAAGCCCUUAAUUGGAGCUCUGACCUUCUAUUUCCCUCAACGACCGGCGUUGCAGCUAGACUGGACAGGACUCACCCGCCUGCUGGAUAUUCCUGGUCUGCACUCGCUGACAAACAGAAAGAUUGUGGAGAAAAUUGCAACUUUCUUGGUUUCCCCAAAACACAUCACCAAGCGAAUCACAUCAAAAUGUGAUGUGACUGAAUUGCACUUUAAAGAGCGCAAGAACGCAGUGCGUAUCCAUGUACUAGAAGCAAGGAAUCUUGUCGCCAAAGACUUCUACACGAAAAAGUCCGACCCUUUUGUUGUUGUACGUGGAGGAGGCAAAACUUUCAAAACAAGGGUCAUAUCCAAAACCCUGAACCCAGAGUGGAAGCAGACAUUUGAGAUCUUGUUUUCUGAACUACCUGGGCAGGAGAUUGAAUUUCAGCUCUGGGACAGAGAUGUGGCGAGAGAUGAUCCAAUGGGCAGCUGUAAAAUUGCAGUUUCCCAAGUGCUCAAGAAGAAAUGCGUUGAUAAGUGGAUCCGGUUGCAGAAUGUGAAGUCCGGGGAGCUGCAUAUCAAGGUGGAAUGUCUCCGACUUCUUUCAGACCCUGCCAAGCUGAAUAAGGUGAUAAAGCAGAACAAACUAAUACAGUCCCCCAAGAGUGAGGAGCUUUCAUCGGCUGUACUGUAUACAGUCAUCCAAAAAGCCAAGGGUCUGCCAGUGAUUCGGCCGAAGAAAAGCAAAUUAAACCCCUUGGCCAAGGUGCAGGUCACUGUCGGAGACACAGUAAAGAGGAGUGGGGGUAAAAUAAAUACCACCGGAGAGCCAGAGUGGAAGAAGAGGAUCCAAUUCCUAAUAAAGAACCCACUCAAUGAAGAACUGAAGCUAAAGGUACGAAAUGAGCAGAAUAAGGUUCUAGGACGAGCCUCUGUGCCGCUUUCUCGACUGAUGAAUGCCAACGAUAUGACCAUUGAGAACUGGUUCCCGCUGAAGUCCAAAGGAAAAACGAGUGAGAUUCUGCUGAAGCUGCAGCUGAGAAUUUUGGCCCCUCGCAAAUUAGUGUGAAGCCAGAGAACCAGAAAGAAACUGGAACCCACAGAAGAGACUCAGGGUUCCAAAGACACUGCUCUGCUUUUCAUAACCCAAAACAACCAGCACAAACUGAGGAGGAUGAUGGAGGAGGGAGAGGAGGAUUUACAUAUGGAGAAUUUAUCAUUUAAAAAGAUGCCAAAUAUUGUUCAAUGCAUAGAAAUUCAGCCUUUCUCACCAGAACUGUGGAUUCUCUGCUGUACAUCAUCCAGAAAUGUUUUCUCAUUCAUGGUGAAGUCACAGAGAAGUCAAUAUUUGGCCAAGAUCUUUUAUUGAUAAAUUUACAUUUUAAGAAAACGGUACAAAUGUUCUUAAUAAACGUCACUAAACUGGAGAAUUAGUUUGUUCUUUUCAUUUGCUGGUGGUGCCUUAAAGUGUUAUAUCAUAUGAUACAAAUUAUCGAAUAUAGCCGCAUGUAUACGCAUUUUAAAUAGAUGAUGUAUAUAGUAAAAUCUGUUGUGUUAAAUCUUUUAUACAAUGGCCCCCCUGUACUGAGAUAUACUAAAUAGGGAAGGGAUUAUUGGACUGACUGAUGGUAUUGGACUAAAGUUCCUAGUAGAUAAAAAAAUCUUUCACAAAUACUGCACUUGAACUUUCCAAGUCUGAGCUCCUGCAGAAUUUAAUCCAGUUCUAAAUAUUUAGUGGUUAGGUUUAAAUCCCUACAAAGUCAGUUUCAUUACUUAGUUACUAGGUAAAUAUAUUUACAUAUAUAUGUUAUUGGCCCAUGGGUUGGUGACCACUUUCUGUUGCACUUCAUUGGCCUCCAUCUGAAGAACAGAAGUGUUGCUGGGAGCCUGGGACAUAGGCCCCAGUAAAGGACAGGCCCUAAGGUUAGUCAGGCCCUUGGUUAAGUCUGGGAUACAGGGACCCCAGGAAUGAGAUAUUUAAUAGUGGUAGAUGAGCUCCUGUUAUAUUACACUCUAGGAGUGUCAGAUAUGUUAAGAUAGAGCAGUUCUGAGCUCCGAUCUAUCCAGCAGAAAUGGAGGUAUCUAUUCCAGGUUAAAAAGAGAGUCCAGUGUAAGCCAUAUUUUACUGGUACUACUCUGGGAAGUCACAGUUGAGCCCAUAUAGAGGUUACAGUUACAUAAUCUUACUUCUUUACCCAUUGCUUUGUCUAACGUAUACAACUAUACAUAUGUCUCAGAUUAAAUGCAUUACUUCCCUGUUCCAUAACAUAUUUCUGAAUAUAUUUAUUAUUGAAAGUCUAUGUUACAAAGCAGAGAAUGUCAGUCGUUUGCCACAAAGUCAUUUAGAUUGGUCCAUAAAUAGGAGCUAGAACAGCUUUAAAAACAAUGUGUUUCGGACAUCAGCAGUACUGGGGCAGGUAGAAUUGUAGAUUAAAGCUGAGACAUAUUGCUGGUGGGGAGGACUAUUGUAGAUAGUUCCCGGGUCUGCUUCUAGUUCAUUUCUCUGUUCCUUGACCUUUGCCUGUCCUUGACCAACACUGUAUUGCUGCCUGAGCUGACCUCAGCCUAUUCCUGACUACUCCUCCGCAUAUCCUGUCAAUUAUCUAUGUUAACUCGCUCAUUAUUAUGACGUUACUUGUUUACCGGUGUCCAUACCUGGAAUAGGCCUAAUGGGCAGUUUCCCAUCACCAGGAGGGCCAGGUUCAUGCAGUGGCCAACCAUAAGUGUUUGCAGAACUACUGUGGGCCUAAUGAGGUCUAAUUUAAUUGUUUACCCAGAAUGCCCUAGGCUUAAUUGGGUUAAAGGUAAUUUUUAGGUAUAAAUACGAGUACAUGGUAAUGGGCUUUGUACAUUUGAUAAAGGGUAUUGACCCGAAACAUGUCGUGUAACCACAACCUGGAAUAAAAGUUUUU